AUGAAAGGGCAAGGUCCCCUAAGGCCCGGAGAUCCGUCGACGUCAGCCUCAUGGUGGCGACAGGAGCUUGCACCGGGACAGAGCAGCUUCCCCGUCGAUGACGAGUCCGAUUUCUUCUCUGCCAGCCACGGUCUAGUCCAGACUCAUCCUCUGGGACCCGGUUUCGGCCCAACAGUGGUCGACACCAACCCCAGCAAGUACGCUCCAGCCUCUUCCCUCGACUUCGACAGGAGGGGACUUGAAGAGCUGCAGAGGAACCCACUCCUCUCAUCGCCCGAAGAAUGUGCCAGGGCCUGCAGGGAAGGAGAACCACCAAAAGUCUGCUAUUACCACUUCACCGCAGAGUUAUACACAGUCCUAGGAGCGUAUGUAUAA